AUGGAAUCUGCAGACUUUUCGCCCACCUCCGUCUUGUACAGUCCUCCAGGCGCUAUCCCUGAUCGUGUUGAAAUGGCGCCCCCUUCUCCAGCCCGCUGUAUGGAGGGUUCUUCCAGUGACGAUGGAGGGGACGCCUAUGAGCCUCAGGACAACACCCACUCUUACGUUCAAAUAGCCAUCGAGGUCACUUUCCCCAACUUGGAUCAGGCCUUUCUCGACGACGCCUUUGCUCACGCCCUCCGGUGGCAGGAGGAGAACCCCAUCGAUCCCACAUUCCAAGACAAGGACGAUCAACUUCUUGCCGCAUUUGCCUCCAUCUUCUAUCGAACUCCGCUCUCCCAAUCGACCUUGCCAGGACAAGGUCUCCCUCCGUUCUCCGACGCUGCUACUGCCUGUCUAAAGAUUCGAGGCCCGCUCUGGAUGGAGGUGGUAUCCAUCGAUGACCUUGGUGUCAGCGCCUUCCAAUUGGAACGGGUUCGUCUUGAACGUCGGAGGUAUAUACUUGAUCGAGUUUCCCAAGCUGCGCGAGAGAGAAAAGUGUUUUCUCGAGAUGAGUCCGCCGCCAUUCGAGCCACUCUACCAAAGUACCCAAGGAAGACGCUUCAACUCCGUCUCACCGACGGCUCCCAAGAGAUCGAUGCUUUCGAGAUCAAUGGUCCACUCCCUCAUAUUUCACUGGACGAGACCUUCAUUGGACAUAAGAUAAGGCUGGAGAACUUCCAUAUCAUCUCCGGGAAAGCAUACAUCAUGCCGUGCAACAUCGCCGAGGUUGGCGGGCCUCCUCCUGAGUUAUGGGAUGGCAUGCACACUGUUACCCUUCACACUCGCAUGGAAAGGGAGGUGCAACUUUGUCAGGAAUUAGGCGUGGAUCUUCAGGACCUGUACGAUCUAUCAGGUCUUUGGGGGCCAAAUCGUGAGACGACUGCUCAGUACUAG